AUGAAUAAAGCUGAUACCCAUAUUAAUUAUACCGAUGCCAUCAACUAUUGGGAAUCCGUAGAUGCAACUGUGGAUGGUGUUUUAGGUGGUUACGGUCAACAAACACCCGUUCCAGUUAAUGAUCAAUUAGGUUCACUUAAAUUUGUACGCAAGUUAAAAUCCAGAAUGUUAUUGCCAGAAGAUUAUUCCGUAAAAAGGAGUCUUGAUUUUGGUGCAGGAAUAGGUCGUGUUACAAAAAACGUAUUAUGUAAAAUCAGUGAUGUUGUUGAUUUGGUUGAGCCGGCCAGUAAUUUUGUUAAGCAAAUGGAGGUUGAAUUACAAGACUUGAAAGAACAAAAUAAAAUCGGUUCUAUAUAUUCUAUUGGUAUGCAGGACUGGCCACCAAAUGAUGUUACAGAAAAUGCUGAGCUUAAGUAUUGGUUGAUUUGGUGUCAGUGGUGUGUUGGCCAUUUACCUGAUAACGAAUUGAUUGACUUUUUCAUAAGAUGUAAAGAAAGAUUAAUACCUAAUGGUACAAUAAUAGUCAAGGAAAAUAACACUUUGAAUGACACGGAUGAUGACUUUGAUCCACAGGACAGUAGCGUUACUAGGAGUGACAAGAAGUUUAGAGAGAUUUUUGAAAAGAGUGGGCUAAAAUUAAUAGCUACUGAGAGACAGAAGGGAUUGCCCAAAGAACUAUAUCCAGUAAGAAUGUACGCGUUGAAGGCUAAAUAA